AUGCCUUCCAUAUCUUCAUAUGAGCAGCUCAGAUUAGAAAAUAUCAAGAAGAACAGGGAGCUCUUAAUGCAGCUUGGCCUUGACAAGCCAAUAUUUGAGCCAACGGAGAAAGUCGUCAAGAAACCCACUGCCACAAAAAAGCGUAAAGGACCAGAUACCCCUACCAGCGAAAACGCCGAACCAGAUACCAAAGCCCAACGCGUCAGCCCGUCCCAGUCUACUCCGGAAUCUGGAGUGCGCAGAAGCUCCCGAAAUGUGGGCAAGACUGUCAACUAUAAACGCGAAAUUGUCAAGGAGUCUCCCAUUCCCGUGGCCUAUUCCAGUGGCGUAAAAGUGGCAGAAAAUGAGGGCCCAAUGGGACGCGAAGAUGGCCCGCGUCGGUGCGACCCAAAAACAUAUGGUUCCAUUCCUGGGAUUGCAGUUGGAACUUGGUGGCCAACCAGACAAGGGUGCAGUGCAGAUGCAAUUCACGCCCCAUGGGUGGGGGGUAUUUCAGGUGGAAAGCAAGGGGCAUACAGCGUCGCCCUUAGUGGGGGAUAUGAUGAUGACGUGGAUCUAGGUUAUGCUUUUACAUACACCGGCUCUGGUGGCCGUGACCUUAAGGGUACUAAAACCGCUCCUAAGAACCUCCGCACAGCUCCCCAGAGCUCUGACCAAAGUUUCGAAAACAACGCAAGUUUCAAUAAAAUGCUACAGCGAUCUUGCGAGACCAAGAAACCUGUACGCGUAGUGCGCGGAUUCAAGUGUAAAUCUGAAUAUGCACCCAGCGAAGGUUACCGAUAUGAUGGUCUGUAUAGAGUGGAAAGAGCAUGGAUGGAAAAGGGCAUGAACGCGAAAGGAUAUCUUGUCUGCAAAUUUGCCUUCAAGCGCCUCCCUAACCAGCCUCCUCUUCCCGUAAGGGCAUCCUUAGACAGCAUGGGAAAUUCUGCGAGAGAAACCCUCGAAGAGGACGAAGAGAACCCGGAGGAAGUUGAGGAUGAACCCAAAGAAGAAUGA